AUGUGUUGUAAUAAUUUAUUUUGUAAUAAUUUAAUUGUAAUAAUUUAUACUAUAACAGUUUAUGUUGUAACAAUGUUUUAUUGUAAUAAUUUAUAUUAUAGCAGUUUUUUUUUAACAAUUUUUUAUUGUAGUAGUUUAUGUUAA